AUGCCACGCCCUGACAUGUUAGCUUUGGGCGGCUCCGCCCCAAGAGUCCCACUCGAUGAUUGGUUCAGGUGUCGCCCGCUCUCCCUCGCACGCACCGGCCGUCCCUCUCGCGCGCACGGCUUAUCCCUCGACGCCCGAGGGGUAAAUGUUUUGGUAGGCAACACACACGAGGGUCUCUGGAGCCCCACUUGUAUUGUCGGGGUGUCUAGUUCGCGGAUAUUUUUCAAGCGGGGCCCCGUUCGGAGACGUCCACCUGAAUGCCGUGUUAGAAUUCGCUUUAUGAGAUUUUUUUUGAGCGACAACGAGCCCUCGGGCGAGGAUUAUAGGGGGCGCUGCCGGCGCCGCUUCGACAAACAGUUUUCCCUUAUGACGUGCUUUACGGCGCGUCCACGUUUUUAUUACGCGACGCGCCGUCUC